GCACCGGCAGCUCAGGUGCACCGGUGGGAUCAGGGGAAGGGGCGCAAACCUUUCCCGAGGCGCUGUGCCCCAGCGGGCUCCGGGUGAAGAGGAAAGUUGCUCCCAUUCCUGCAGCAAGCUUAGGAGCUGCUGAACUGGCCUCACCUGGAAGGACUGAGCAGUUCUUACCUUUCCGAUCAGGUGCCUUUGCUGCAGCAAAGCCACGGUAUCCGGGAGACCACGGGGAGCAGAAUAACGCCCCCUUCACUCCCCGCACUCUCGCCGCACAUCAUCUGUUCUUCGGCCUGUUUCGCCGUGCUCCCGGGAUCACAGGAGGAUCUAUAACUGUGAUCUGUCAGUGAGGAGAAAGGGGUCGUGGAUGAACUCCCUUCCAGCAGGGCAACGAAUCACUUCUCGACUGCUUAUUAUCAUCGUGCUCUAGGACCAGCCCUUUCCUGCUAAACUUGGCUUGGGAGCUUACAGCAGGAGGGGGCGCGGGGGGUGGAAAGCCAAGCCCAACAUCAUCUCGUGUGUUUGACUUUUUUUUUUUCCCCUCCCUCCUUCUUCGUGAGACAGUUUGAUGAAUGCCUGCGAGAGGGGUAUGAUUUGCUGAGGCGCCUCUGACAGGACGGUGUGUGCGCGGUGUCAGUCCCGCCGCCGCCCCCCGUGGGGCUGUGAGCGGCCCGCGACGGGGGACGCGCGUGGGAGCGACUGCUGCGCUGCGCGGGCAGCGCAGGAACCACGCCACUCGGGCGAACGGCGCUCCGCGGCCUUUAGCCGGGAGCUCAGAGGAGAGUCACGGCUUUGAAAGGCGCGAGGACGAAAAUAAGGAGCUAGCCCAACUCCGCCGCUUCGCCUCCGCUGGGAGCGUGCGAAGUCGAGACCCAAGUGCCGCCUCUCCCCGCCACCCGACGGGCUAGAGAGGGAGGGCCCGGGCCCGGCCCCCCUCCCGGCGAAGUUGUCUUCAGCCGCUGAUCCGUGCCAUCCACCUCACUUUGCCGGGGUUGUUUUACUUGGCUUGGCUUUGGAUAGAAGGGACUUCGCUUUCUCUGCACCCUGAAAGUUGCCCGAGUCCUCACCGCUGCGAGGAGGAGGGCGGCGCGCCCUGCGCCUCCCCGGGGCCGAGGCCGGCGGGCCCGGCCGGGCGGCUGUGGGCGGUGAUGAUGUGCGGCUGGGGAAAGCUCACCCUGUCCCUGGGGCUGCUGCUGGCGAUGGCGGGCGAGGUGGUGCCGCAGCCGUGCCCGGCGCAGUGCUCCUGCUCGGGGAGCACCGUGGACUGUCACGGGCUGGCGCUGCGCGGGGUCCCGAGGAACAUCCCCCGCAACACCGAGAGGCUGGAUCUUAAUGGAAAUAACAUCACAAGAAUCACCAAGACCGACUUUGCUGGUCUAAGGCACCUUCGAGUUCUUCAGCUUAUGGAGAACAAGAUUAGUACUAUUGAGAGAGGAGCAUUCCAGGAUUUAAAAGAACUGGAGAGGCUGCGCCUAAACAGAAAUAACCUCCAGUUGCUUUCUGAACUGCUCUUUCUGGGGACACCGAAGUUAUACAGGCUUGAUCUCAGUGAAAAUCAGAUUCAAGCAAUACCAAGGAAAGCAUUCCGAGGAGCUGUAGACAUAAAAAAUCUGCAACUGGAUUACAACCAGAUCAACUGUAUUGAAGAUGGGGCAUUCAGGGCUCUGCGUGACCUGGAAGUGCUCACUCUCAACAAUAACAACAUUACUCGACUGUCCGUGGCAAGUUUCAACCAUAUGCCCAAACUCAGAACAUUUCGUCUUCAUUCCAACAACCUCUACUGUGAUUGCCACCUGGCCUGGCUGUCCGACUGGCUGCGGCAGCGGCCACGGGUUGGCCUCUACACUCAGUGCAUGGGGCCGUCCCACCUCCGGGGACACAAUGUAGCCGAGGUCCAAAAACGAGAGUUUGUCUGCAGUGGUCACCAGUCCUUCAUGGCUCCGUCCUGCAGUGUCUUGCAUUGCCCUACUGCAUGUACCUGCAGUAACAACAUUGUGGACUGUCGUGGGAAAGGCCUUACUGAGAUUCCCACAAACCUUCCAGAAACCAUUACUGAAAUACGAUUAGAACAAAAUUCAAUCAAGGUCAUACCUCCUGGAGCUUUCUCACCAUAUAAAAAGCUUCGAAGAAUUGACCUGAGCAAUAACCAGAUUUCUGAAGCAGCUCCAGAUGCUUUCCAGGGCUUACGUUCACUCAAUUCACUUGUCCUCUAUGGGAAUAAAAUUACAGAACUUCCAAAGGGCCUCUUUGAAGGACUCUUUUCUCUGCAACUGCUAUUAUUGAAUGCCAACAAGAUCAACUGCCUUCGAGUUGAUGCUUUUCAAGAUCUUCACAACCUGAAUCUUCUUUCCCUGUAUGAUAACAAGCUUCAGACAAUUGCAAAAGGCACCUUCUCACCCCUACGUGCAAUUCAGACCUUGCAUUUGGCUCAGAACCCAUUUAUCUGUGACUGCCAUCUGAAGUGGCUGGCGGAUUAUCUUCAUACAAACCCCAUUGAGACCAGUGGUGCCCGUUGCACCAGCCCCCGUCGUCUGGCAAACAAAAGGAUCGGCCAGAUCAAAAGCAAGAAAUUCCGCUGCUCAGCUAAAGAACAGUAUUUCAUUCCAGGCACUGAAGAUUACAGAUCCAAAUUAAGCGGAGACUGCUUUGCAGAUUUGGCUUGCCCUGAGAAAUGUCGCUGUGAAGGGACCACAGUGGACUGCUCCAAUCAGAAACUGAACAAAAUUCCUGAUCAUAUCCCCCAGUACACUGCAGAGUUGAGACUAAAUAACAAUGAAUUUUCAGUCCUGGAAGCUACUGGAAUCUUUAAGAAACUUCCUCAGCUGCGUAAAAUAAACCUGAGCAAUAACAAGAUUACAGAUAUUGAAGAAGGAGCAUUUGACGGAGCCUCUGGUGUGAAUGAACUAUUGCUCACUAGUAACCGCUUGGAAAGUGUUCGACACAAAAUGUUCAAAGGACUAGAGGGUCUCAAAACGCUGAUGCUGAGGAGUAACCGUGUGAGUUGUGUGGGAAAUGACAGCUUCACGGGCCUGAGCUCAGUCCGCCUGCUCUCGCUUUAUGACAACCAGAUCACCACCGUGGCACCCGGCUCCUUCGAUACACUACAUUCGCUCUCUACAUUAAACCUCUUGGCCAAUCCCUUCAACUGCAACUGCCAUCUUGCAUGGCUUGGAGACUGGCUAAGGAAGAAACGCAUUGUGACAGGGAACCCUCGCUGCCAAAAACCCUACUUCCUCAAAGAGAUUCCCAUUCAGGAUGUAGCAAUUCAGGAUUUUACAUGUGAUGACGGAAAUGAUGACAAUAGCUGCUCCCCACUGUCCCGCUGUCCUGCAGAAUGUACUUGUCUAGACACAGUGGUUCGCUGCAGCAACAAAGGCUUAAAAGCUUUGCCUAAAGGCAUCCCCAAAGAUGUAACUGAACUUUAUUUGGAUGGAAAUCAGUUUACCCUUGUUCCAAAAGAGCUUUCCUACUACAAGCACUUAACACUCAUAGAUUUAAGUAACAACAGAAUCAGCACUCUUUCUAAUCAGAGCUUCAGCAACAUGACUCAGCUGCUCACCCUAAUUCUUAGUUACAACCGCCUGAGGUGUAUCCCUGCACGGACUUUCGAUGGAUUGAAAUCACUUAGAUUGUUGUCUUUACAUGGGAAUGAUAUUUCUGUUGUUCCUGAAGGAGCUUUUAAUGAUCUUUCAGCAUUAUCACACCUGGCUAUCGGAGCAAAUCCUCUUUAUUGUGACUGUAACAUGCAGUGGCUAUCUGACUGGGUAAAAUCGGAAUACAAAGAGCCUGGUAUUGCACGUUGUGCUGGUCCCGGAGAUAUGGCAGAUAAACUUCUUCUCACAACUCCUUCUAAAAAAUUCACUUGCCAAGGGCCUGUGGAUGUUAAUAUUCUUGCUAAGUGUAACCCCUGUUUAUCAAAUCCAUGCAAAAAUGAUGGAACCUGCAACAAUGAUCCAGUUGACUUCUAUAGAUGUACUUGCCCAUAUGGUUUCAAGGGUCAAGACUGUGAUACUCCCAUUCAUGCUUGCAUUAGUAACCCAUGCCACCACGGUGGAACCUGUCAUUUGAAAGAAGGAGAAAAAGAUGGUUUCUGGUGCACUUGUGCAGAUGGAUUCGAAGGUGAAAACUGUGAAGUAAAUGUUGAUGACUGUGAAGACAAUGACUGUGAAAAUAAUUCUACUUGUGUGGAUGGAAUCAAUAACUAUACUUGCCUUUGUCCACCAGAAUAUACAGCUGCUAAUCUGAAUGAAGUGGAAAAAGGUGAGCUCUGUGAGGAGAAAUUAGAUUUCUGUGCUCAAAACCUGAAUCCUUGCCAGCAUGACUCAAAGUGUAUUUUGACACCCAAAGGAUACAAAUGUGAUUGCACACCUGGAUAUGUAGGUGAGCAUUGCGAUAUUGACUUCGAUGACUGCCAGGACAACAAAUGUAAAAAUGGAGCACAGUGCACUGAUGCAGUUAAUGGAUAUACAUGUAUUUGCCCAGAAGGAUACAGUGGCUUGUUUUGUGAGUUUUCACCACCAAUGGUUCUACCUCGCACCAGCCCUUGUGAUAAUUAUGAAUGUCAAAAUGGAGCCCAGUGUAUCAUAAAAGAGAGUGAACCAAUCUGUCAGUGUUUAUCAGGCUACCAGGGAGAGAAAUGUGAAAAGCUGAUCAGUAUAAACUUCAUCAACAAAGAAUCCUAUCUACAAAUACCGGCAGCAAAGAUACGCCCCCAAACCAAUAUCACUCUACAGAUCGCCACAGAUGAAGACAGUGGGAUCCUGCUCUACAAAGGCGAUAAGGAUCAUAUAGCAGUAGAGCUGUACCGGGGUAGAGUGAGGGUCAGUUAUGACACAGGAUCUUACCCAGCCUCUGCUAUUUACAGUGUGGAAACAAUUAAUGAUGGCAAUUUCCACAUUGUGGAGCUGCUAGCUAUGGAUCAGAUUCUGUCUUUAUCUAUUGAUGGAGGAAGCCCCAAGAUAAUUACCAAUUUGUCCAAGCAAUCCACUCUGAAUUUUGAUUCUCCGCUGUAUGUAGGAGGCAUGCCUGUGAAAAAUAACAUAGCAGCUUUACGCCAGUCUCCAGGACAAAAUGGCACCAGCUUCCAUGGUUGCAUCCGUAAUCUAUAUAUCAACAGUGAACUCCAGGACUUCAGAAAUGUGCCACUGCAACUGGGAAUUCUGCCAGGUUGCGAGCCUUGUCACAAGAAAGUUUGUGUGCAUGGAACAUGCCAUGCUACCAGCCAGUCAAGCUUUUCCUGUGAAUGCGAAGGAGGAUGGACUGGACCCCUCUGUGAUCAACAAACUAAUGACCCAUGUCUUGGAAAUAAAUGUGUGCAUGGUACCUGCUUGCCGAUCAAUGCAUUUUCAUACAGUUGUAAAUGCCUGCAGGGACAUGGGGGAGUCCUCUGUGAUGAAGAAGAAAUGCUGUUUAACCCCUGCCAAUCCAUCAGGUGUAAACAUGGCAAAUGCAGGCUUUCAGGACUUGGGAGACCAUAUUGCGAAUGCGGCAGCGGAUACACGGGGGAUAGCUGUGAUAAAGAAAUCUCUUGUCGAGGGGAACGAAUCCGAGAUUACUACCAAAAGCAGCAAGGGUAUGCUGCGUGCCAGACAACCAAGAAGGUAUCGAGACUAGAAUGUAAAGGAGGAUGUUCAACCGGGCAGUGCUGUGGACCACUAAGGAGCAAGAGACGGAAAUACUCUUUUGAAUGCACUGACGGGUCAUCAUUUGUGGACGAGGUUGAAAAAGUGGUGAAGUGUGGCUGUACAAAUUGUCCCUCCUAAGUGUCCCUGUCACACUUGUCUUUUGAAAAUGUUGUAUACUUAUUGACCGUGUCGGACUAAUUAAUGAUUCAUAGUGGAAAUAUUUGAAAUAUAUUGUAAAAUACAGAACAGACUUAUUUUUAUUAUCAGAAUAAAGACUUUUUCUUCAUUUGAAAAGAUUCAAGUGCUUGAACUGAGACUUCUCAUAACCAAGAGGAGCUUUGAAGAAAAAAAAAAGACCUGUUAACAUUGCAGCAGAGAUGGGAAACUUUAACUGCUUUUAACAUGGAUUCUUCUUUAUAACAUGCUGAAGAUACACUGACACUAUACACAUGUGACUUUCAGUUUAACAGCUCAGAGAUGAAAUAGAGAUGAGAUACUGACCAGAACGUGAGGAUUGUCUUUUCACUUUCAUAUCAGUAUAUUUUAUUGUCUUGACAGACCAUAAUCACUUAUCAAUGAAUCAGGAAGCAUUAUGAGUGAAAAGAAUCAGAUUAUACAGAAAUAACAAUUGUAUGAAAUACAUUUUAUCUUUUGAAGUUCUUAAGCAUCUUGAGAAGGUGGGGUCCCAUUUAAUGAAUGGGAAACAGGAGAUGUGAGAAUAUACUAUAAUCCUGAAAUCUCCUGAUGAUGUAUACUUUUAUGUCAGCAUGUUAGCAAAAGAAACGAAGAAAGUGUUUAUCUGCCCUUUUCCAGUAUUAAUUUUUUGUAAUAUAAGUGUUUGGAGGAUGAUAAAAAUAGAUUAUUGAUGGAUAAAUUAGUAAUAAUAUGGAUUUCUGUUUCUAUGAAUUCUAAACAGCUCUAUACAGUAUUCGGUUUCAUUGAGAAAUAUUUAUUGUAUCAAAGUACAUUGUACUUAACUGUUUUAGGCCAUCCCUUUUACUGUUUUUCAAUGCUUUAAUAUAUAUUAAUUUAUAUUUGUCCCAGUAUUUUUGUAUUUUUUUUUUUUAAGGACUUAAAAAUCAGGAUUUUUUUGCAAUAGAACUAACGUAGCAUGUCGUCUUGGGGUAAAUGUUUUCAGUCUGGUUUUUUCCUCUCCUUUCUUUUUCUUUCCCUUAGAAUCUGACCAUUUGGUGUCACUGAAACUGAAAGUGAUGACAAUCCGCAGUUUUCACAUACAUCAGAUAUUCAGUACACCUUCUAAGAACCUGUAAUGUAUGAGAGAAAAUACCUUUACACUAGGUGGCAAUUGUAGAGAAGUUAACUUUCCCGAUAUACAGUACUUACAGAAAAUAAGGUGGUGUGUAGAAAAUUACAUAAGAGGGUAGAUCUUUUUAAAUUAAUAUUCCCAUGGAGCUCUUUACCUUUUUUAUAAAAAAGAAAAAAAGGCUGUGCUAUCAAGAACUGUGACUUUCCCCAAAUAAUAAAACUACUUUACUGCCCUAAUGUUCCCCAUGUUAACAUGUUGCUGCUAAAUUACAAUGUAGAGUUGGUAAUCAGUAGUGGGUUGUGUUCUUCUUUCAGUAAAACCCAGGGUACCCUGUAAAAAUGCAGAUGUUUUUUCAAUUUUAUUUUAUUAUUUUUUUUACAAAAAGGUUAGAUGUACAUGUGUAAUGCAGUGUGCUUUGUCUUAUUUGGACUGAUAUCAGUAAUGCUACUGAUGUUUGUAAAUUAAACAGAUAUUUACUUCA